ACCUUCCACGAGAGCAUCGUGGCUGUGAGUGGCGAGCUGACCACCUGCACGCUGACCCUUUACAAAAACAUUGUUCAGGACCUGCCUCCCACGCCGUCCAAGUUCCACUACAUCUUCAACCUUCGCGACCUCUCUCGGGUCUUCAACGGCCUCGUGCUCACGCACCCGGAGCGGUUCCAGACGGUGGCCCAGAUGGUGCGUGUCUGGAGGAACGAGUGUCUGCGGGUGUUCCACGACCGGCUCAUCAACGAGAUGGACAAGAAGCUGGUGCAGGAGCACAUCGGCAGCUUGGUCAUGGAGCACUUCAGCGAGGACGCCGAGGCGGUGAUGAGGGACCCGGUCCUGUUCGGGGACUUCCGGACGGCUCUGCAGGAGGAGGAGACGCGUGUGUACGAGGACAUCCAGGACUACGAGGCGGCCAAGGCCCUGUUCCAGGAAAUCCUGGAGGAGUACAACGAGAGCAACACCAAGAUGAACCUGGUCCUGUUCGACGACGCCCUGGAGCACCUGACCCGCGUGCACCGCAUCAUCCGCAUGGACCGCGGCCACGCCCUGCUGGUGGGGGUCGGGGGCUCCGGGAAGCAGUCCCUGUCCAGGCUGGCCGCCUUCACGGCCGGCUACGAGGUAUUCGAGAUCCUGCUGAGCCGAGGCUACUCGGAGAACAACUUCCGGGAAGAUCUGAAGAACCUCUACGUCAAACUUGGCGUCGAGAACAAGACGAUGAUCUUUCUGUUCACGGAUGCCCACGUGGCUGAGGAGGGCUUCCUGGAGCUCAUCAACAACAUGCUGACGUCGGGGAUGGUUCCUGCACUGUUCCAGGAGGAGGAGAAGGAGUCGAUCCUUGGUCAGAUUGGACAGGAGGCGGCGAGGCUGGGCUUGGGCCCGGCCAAGGAGUCCCUGUGGCAGUACUUCGUGAACAAGAGCGCCAACAACCUGCACAUCGUCCUGGGCAUGUCGCCCGUGGGGGACACCCUGAGGACGCGGUGCCGGAACUUCCCAGGUCUGGUGAAUAACACCGGCAUCGACUGGUUCAUGCCCUGGCCCUCCCAGGCCCUGCAUGCCGUGGCCAAGUCGUUUUUAGGGGACAAUCCCAUGAUCCCGAUAGGGAACAUAGACGACCUGGUGGAGCACGUUGUGUUGGUCCACGAAUCUGUGGACGAAUUCAGCAAACAAUUCCUGCAGAAGCUGAGGCGCAGCAACUACGUGACCCCCAAGAAUUACCUGGACUUCAUCCACUCAUACGCUAAGCUGCUGGACGAGAAGACGCAGUGCAACAUAGCGCAGUGCAAGCGACUGGAGGGCGGCCUGGACAAGCUCAAGGAGGCCACCAUCCAGCUGGACGAGCUGAAUCAGAAGCUGGCCGAGCAGAAGAUCGUGCUGGCCGAGAAGUCGGCCGCCUGCGAGGCCCUGCUGGAAGAGAUCGUCACCAACACGGCCAUAGCCGAGGAGAAGAAGCAGCUGGCGGAGGAGAAGGCCAUGGAGGUGGAGGAGCAGAACAAGAUCAUCGCCGUGGAGAAGACCGAGGCCGAGACGGCGCUGGCCGAAGUCAUGCCCGUCCUGGAGGCCGCCAAGCUGGAGCUGCAGAAGCUGGACAAGUCGGACGUCACCGAGAUCAGGUCGUUCGCAAAGCCCCCGAAGCAGGUGCAGACCGUGUGCGAGUGCAUCCUCAUCAUGAAGGGCUACAAGGAGCUCAACUGGAAGACGGCCAAGGGCAUGAUGUCCGACCCCAACUUCCUGCGCUCACUCAUGGAGCUUGACUUCGAUGCCAUCUCCCAGAGCCAAGUGAAAAACAUCAAGAGCCUCUUGCGGACCCUCAACACCACCAUCGAGGAGAUGGAGGCCGUGAGCAAGGCUGGGCUGGGGAUGCUGAAGUUUGUUGAGGCCGUCAUGGGCUACUGCGACGUCUUCAGAGAAAUCAAGCCCAAGAGAGAGAAGGUGGCCAGGCUGGAGCGGAACUUCUACCUCACCAAACGGGAGCUCGAGCGGAUCCAGAACGAGCUGGCUGCCAUCCAAAGAGAACUGGAGGCGCUGGGCGCCAAGUACGAGGCCGCCAUCCUGGAGAAGCAGAAGCUGCAGGAAGAAGCCGAGAUCAUGGAGAGGCGGCUGAUCGCCGCCGACAAGCUCAUCUCGGGGCUGGGGUCCGAGAACGUCAGGUGGCUGAGCGACCUGGACGAGCUGAUGCAUCGUCGCGUGAAGCUGCUGGGGGACUGCCUGCUGUGCGCCGCCUUCCUGAGCUACGAGGGCGCCUUCACCUGGGAGUUCCGGGACGAGAUGGUCAAUCAGGUGUGGCAGAGUGACAUCCGAGAGCGCGAGAUCCCCCUGAGCCAGCCUUUCCGGCUGGAGAACCUGCUCACCGACGACGUGGAGAUCAGCAGGUGGGGCUCCCAGGGCCUGCCCCCCGAUGAGCUCUCGGUGCAGAACGGCAUCCUCACCACCCGCGCCAGCCGCUUCCCCCUCUGCAUCGACCCCCAGCAGCAGGCCCUCAACUGGAUCAAGAGGAAGGAGGAGAAGAACAACCUGCGGGUGGCCUCCUUCAAUGACCCCGACUUCCUCAAGCAGCUGGAGAUGUCGGUCAAGUACGGGACCCCCUUCCUGUUCCACGACGUGGACGAGUACAUAGACCCCGUGAUCGACAAUGUCCUAGAGAAGAACAUCAAGGUCACCCAAGGUCGUCAGUUCAUCAUCCUGGGAGACAAGGAGGUGGACUACGACUCCAACUUCCGGCUCUACCUCAACACCAAGCUGGCCAACCCCAGAUACCCGCCGUCGGUGUUCGGGAAGGCCAUGGUGAUCAACUACACGGUCACACUGAAGGGCCUGGAGGACCAGCUGCUGAGCGUGCUGGUGGCCCACGAGCGGCACGAGCUGGAGGAGCAGCGGGAGCACCUGAUCCAGGAGACGAGCGACAACAAGAACCUGCUGCGGGACCUGGAGGACUCGCUCCUGCGGGAGCUGGCCACGUCCACGGGGAACAUGCUGGACAACGCCGAGCUGGUGUACACCCUGGAGGAGACCAAGUCCAAGGCCACAGAGGUGUCCGAGAAGCUGAAGCUGGCUGAGAAGACGGCGCUGGACAUCGACAGGCUGCGGGACGGCUACCGGCCGGCCGCCCGGCGCGGCGCCAUCCUGUUCUUCGUCCUGUCCGAGAUGGCCCUGGUGAACUCCAUGUACCAGCACUCGCUGACCGCCUUCCUGGAGGUCUUCGGCCUGUCCCUGAAGAAGUCGCUGCCGGACUCCAUCCUCCUCAAGAGGCUGAAGAAUAUCAUGGACACGCUGACCUUCAACAUCUACAACUACGGCUGCACAGGGCUGUUUGAGCGGCACAAGCUGCUGUUUUCUUUCAACAUGACCAUCAAGAUAGAGCAGGCGGAAGGCAGGGUCCCCCAGGAGGAGCUCGAUUUCUUCCUGAAAGGAAACAUCUCCCUGGAGAAGAGCAGACGGAAGAAGCCGUGCGCGUGGCUGUCCGAGCAGGGCUGGGAAGACAUCGUGCUUCUGUCGGAGCUGUUCCCCGACACCUUCGGGAACCUCCCGGACGACGUGGAGAAGCACCCCGCGGCCUGGCAGGAGUGGUACGACCUGGACUCCCUCGAGCAGUCUCCGCUCCCCCUGGGUUACGACAGCAGCGUCACCCCCUUCCAGAGGCUGCUCGUCCUGCGCUGCUUCCGCGUGGACCGCGUGUACCGGGCCGUGACCGACUACGUGACGCUCACGAUGGGGGAGAAGUACGUGCAGCCCCCCAUGAUCAGCUUCGAGGCCAUCUUCGAGCAGAGCACGCCCAACUCCCCCAUCGUGUUCAUCCUGAGCCCCGGCUCCGACCCUGCCAGCGACCUCAUGAAGUUAGCCGAGCGAUGUGGUUUCGGAGGCAACCGCCUCAAAUUCCUCGCCAUGGGUCAAGGUCAAGAGAAGGUGGCGCUGCAGCUGCUGGAGACGGCCGUGGCUCGCGGCCAGUGGCUGAUGCUGCAGAAUUGUCACCUCCUGGUCAGGUGGCUGAAGGACCUGGAGAAGUCCCUGGAGAGGAUCACCAAGCCGCACCCCGACUUCCGCCUGUGGCUCACCACUGACCCCACCAAGGGCUUCCCCAUUGGGAUUCUGCAGAAGUCCCUGAAGGUUGUCACGGAGCCGCCCAACGGGCUCAAACUGAACAUGAGGGCCACGUACUUCAAGAUCUCGCAGGAGCUGCUGGAGCGGUGCCCGCACGCCGCCUUCAAGCCGCUGGUCUACGUGCUGGCCUUCUUCCACGCCGUGGUGCAGGAGAGGAGGAAGUUCGGCAAGAUCGGCUGGAACGUGUACUACGACUUCAACGAGUCCGACUUCCAGGUCUGCAUGGAGAUCCUGAACACGUAUCUGACAAAGGCCUUCCAGCAGCGCGACCCGCGCAUCCCGUGGGGCAGCCUCAAGUACCUCAUCGGAGAGGUCAUGUACGGAGGACGCGCCAUCGACAGCUUCGACCGCCGCAUCCUGACCACCUACAUGGACGAGUACCUGGGCGACUUCAUCUUCGACACCUUCCAGCCGUUCCACUUCUUCCGGAACGAGGAGGUGGACUACAAAAUCCCCGUCGGCGACGUCAAGGAGAAGUUCGUUGAAGCCAUUGAGGCCCUGCCUCUGGCCAACACGCCUGAGGUGUUCGGCCUUCAUUCCAACGCCGAGAUCGGCUACUACACACAGGCGGCCCGCGACAUGUGGGGGCACCUGCUGGAGCUGCAGCCGCAGACGGGGGAAUCCAGCAGCGGCAUCAGCCGCGACGACUACAUCGGCCACGUGGCCAAGGACAUAGAGCACAGGCUGCCCAGGGGCUUCGACCUGGACCAGGUCAGGAAGCACCUGGGCUUCGGGAUCUCGCCCACCUCGGUGGUGCUCCUGCAGGAGCUGGAGCGCUUCAACAAGCUCGUGGUGCGGAUGACGCGGUCGCUGGCCGAGCUGCAGAGGGCCUUGGCCGGAGAGGUUGGGAUGAGCAACGAGUUGGAUGACGUGGCCCGGUCUCUGUUUAUCGGGCACAUCCCCGGGAUCUGGAGGAAGCUGGCCCCCGACACCCUCAAGUCCCUGGGAAACUGGAUGGUGUACUUCCUGCGCAGGUUCAGCCAGUACACGUCGUGGGUCACCGAGGGGGAGCCCGGCGUCAUGUGGCUCUCGGGGCUGCACAUCCCGGAAUCCUACCUCACGGCCCUGGUGCAGGCCACGUGCCGGAAGAACGGCUGGCCCCUGGACCGGUCCACCCUGUUCACGCAAGUGACCAAGUUCCAAGAUGCAGAGGAAGUGAACGAGCGGGCGGGGCAAGGGUGCUUCGUGUCGGGGCUGUACCUGGAGGGUGCUGACUGGGACACAGAGCGAGGCUGCCUCGUCAAGAGCAAACCCAAGGUGCUGGUCGUGGACCUGCCCAUCCUGAAGAUCAUCCCCAUCGAAGCCCACCGCCUCAAGCUGCAGAACACCUUCCGCACCCCCGUCUACACCACGUCCAUGAGACGCAACGCCAUGGGAGUCGGCCUGGUGUUCGAAGCGGAUCUCUUCACGACCAGGCACAUCUCUCACUGGGUGCUGCAGGGGGUGUGCCUCACCCUCAACUCGGACUGACGCCCGCCCCGCCCCCCGCCCGGAUCGCUGGACUGUUUACUGCUCUGGGCUUCUGGGUAGUAGAACAUAAACACUGCGGUGUUUCAAGACGUCUCAAGUUCCUCUCUCCGGGCCACGCAUCUCGGCCCCGCCUGCACUCCCACCUAACACGCUGGGUCUCUGGGGUGGGGUCAGCAGCCACUGGCCGCCCAGGGCGGGCUCGGCCCGCCACCCUCACAUACCCCCCUGUGAUGUAACAGAAGACACAGGACAGAAUGAAGGCGGGUUGAGAAAAUAAAGUUUGUUGGGAUCUUGAA